AUGGAGCGCGAGGAGGAGACGCGGGAGAUCCUCCUGCCCAACUGGCAGGGCAGCGGCUCCCACGGCAUCACCAUCGACCAGACCGACCGCGGCGUCUUCGUGCGCCGCGUCCAGCAGAACUCGCCGGCCGCCCGCAUGGGCGUCGUCAAGGAAGGGGAUCAGAUCGUCAGUGCCACCGUCUACUUUGACAACCUGCAGUCGGGGGAGGUGGCGCAGCUGCUGCAGAGCGUGGGCCACCACACGCUGGGG